AUGGGAAAAUCAAGCCAAAGGCUUUCCCAGCUGAUCCCUGGCGCAUUAAUGCUAAUGGUCUAUCUAUCAAGGAUUAGUGCCCUGGCAGCCUUUAUUAUCCUAAUAGACUUAAGGGGCACUAUACCACGGACAAUGAUUUACUAUAGUCUUAGUAUUUGUUUUCCCUCUUUUUCACUUGUAAACAUGAGCUAUCUUCCAGUUCGCGCCUUCCGGGAGGAGACCGAAAAACCUUCAUUGACAUCACUCUCUCUGACCCUGCUUCUAAAUUCGUUUCAUCUUAUUGGGGCGUGGAUAGCAUUUGGCCUGUUGCUUAACUCACACUUCUGGCCUACCGAUACGUUGACCACAGACAGAAUCUGGUUCCUUUGGGUGCAAGCAUUUGUGUGGCCCACUGGUGCGAUUGUUUUGCUCAGAGAGUAUGUCACGAGCCAGGACAGAAAUAAACGGAAGAAGGCUUUGCGUGAGGCCUGGGAGAAAGAGGUGCGUGAGGCCGUGAAGAAGGAUUCACAGGACGCCGAGAAGCCAGGCGAGAACGACUCAAUUGCAGAGCCGGUAUCUGGUUUAUGUAAGUCAUCUUCGACUCUCUGA